CAUCCUUUGUGAAAAACUCAAAGCAGUAGUCGUCAGAGCUCAGUCUGUUGAAGUGGCCGGCUAUUGAACCAUGCCCCAACCCGAGCACCAGGACAGCUGAGUCCACAGGGAGGAGCACAUCUUUGGAGAAGUAGGGCCUUGGCAAAAAAGACCUUGUAUUGUGAUUUUCAGCUGCAGGACAGAAGGAGUGAGUGGAGGGGAGCAUCUCAGAGGACUGGGACAAAGAGAGAGAUGAGUCCUGAGCACUGCAGCUCGGUGAAGACACAAUACAAUACACACGUGAAACUAUAACUGCAGGAAACACACCCCCACUACUGGUAACAAAAAAGGGCAUUUUGGACUUGUUGUGGGAAAGUCUGAGGACCAGAUGGGGGAGACCUGGGGGGACUUGGAGGGAGCACCAGCAGCUGUCCACCUCUCAAUCUAACCAGCCAGCAGAAAUGCAGGGGCUGAUGUGGAGCCUGUGUACCCUGCUCUGCCUUUCCCUCUGGGAGGAAAGUUACUGCAGGAGCUCCAGGGAACCCCGGAGGUCCAAAGAGCCUUCUCUCCACAGGAGUAAAAGAGCCCCCCUCGACCCUGAUGCCAAAAAGUGUUCCUACACCUUCCUUGUACCGGAGCAGAAAAUCACAGGUCCAAUCUGUGCCAGCACCUCAGGCCCUGAGCCAGACAAGGACAGAGUGACCCGUAUUGACAUUGCAGAUGUGCGGGAGGUGCUCAACAAACAGCGGCGUGAGAUUGAGACGCUGCAGCUGGUGGUGGAUGUGGAUGGUAACUUGGUGAAUGAGAUGAAGCUGCUGCGGAAAGAGAGCAGGAACAUGAACUCCAGGGUGACCCAGCUCUAUAUGCAGCUGCUGCAUGAGAUCAUCAGGAAAAGAGACAACUCUCUGGAGCUGGCCCAGCUGGAGAACCGCGUUCUCAAUGUGACCUCUGAGAUGAUGCGACUGGCUUCAAGGUACAAGGAGCUGGAGGCCCGGUUUGCCACAAUGGCCGGUGUGGUCAAUAACCAGUCAAUUCUCAUCUCUGCACUGGAGGAGCAGUGUAUGAGGACAUUGGGACGCAGCGAGCUGCCCGUAGUUCCCCCACUGGUACAGGUGGUACCGCAGAAUAUACCAGUUAACAAUCGUUUCACCAAUGAGAUACAGAGGGACAAUAACAACCGGGCCUUUCCCAGAGGAUCACGCAUGGACUCCCCUACUGCAAGCCCAUUUGGGAUUGACCCUCCACCACCACAGGGAACACUUACCUCUGAUGGUCCCUUCAGGGACUGUUACCAGGUGCGACAAGCAGGCCACACCACCAGUGGGAUGUACCUGCUUAAGACAGAUGGCAAUGAUCGGUUGAUCCAAGCCUGGUGUGAACAUGGCCUUGACAAUGGAGGAUGGACUGUGUUGCAAAGGAGGAGAGAUGGCUCGGUUAACUUCUUUCGGAAUUGGGAAAACUACAAGAGAGGCUUUGGAAACAUAGAUGGUGAACACUGGCUUGGGCUGGACAAUAUCUACAACCUGGGGAAACAGGGUGACUAUAAGCUGAUGAUCGAGCUGGAGGACUGGACAGGGAAGAAGGUGUACGCUGAGUACAGCAGCUUCCACCUGGAGCCAGAGAGCGAGGGUUAUCGGCUGAGGCUCGGCACUUACCAGGGCAACGCUGGGGACUCCUUCAGCAGUCACAACGGCAAACAGUUCACUACGCUUGAUCGCGACAAGGAUGCAUUUUCUGGUAAUUGCGCCCACUUCCAUAAGGGUGGCUGGUGGUACAAUGCUUGUGGCCAGACCAACCUGAAUGGCGUAUGGUACAGCGGGGGAGUUUACCGAAGCAAAUUUCAGGACGGAAUCUUCUGGGCAGACUACGGAGGAGGUUUCUACUCCCUCAAGUCAGUCCGCCUCAUGAUCCGUCCGAUCGACUGAAACCUCAGACUAUGGUUCCCUUCAAAUGCACCUCAGUUUCCUCCCUUAUGUUUAUCUACCCAUAAACAAAUACUGUAAAGUCAGAACCAGGCGUUCCUGCCAUCAUACAACAAUGCCUUGUAAAAAAAACAAGGAGGAAGAGAUGGUGGCAUGUGUUUAUGGCCAGACAAUGACUCCAGCAAUAACGACUCCAGCAGUCUGUGCAGUGGCUAGCUCCCAAGUUGAACUUUGAGAUGAAGACGGAUGCCAUUGCCCACCUUAGGUAACUGCUCUCCUCCACCUUUCAGUCUGGAAAGUAAAGGUCCAUCAAGCUCCAUGAGACCAUCAAAUAUUACUCUCAAGUGUCCUAUUUUACUCACUCUUGUUCAAACUCAGUAUGAAAUAAAGGGAAACGGUCAUUUACUACAGACAUGAGAUUUCUUCUGAGCAGCUAAUGGUGACUUAUUGAAAGUAGUGUCGCCCAUACCAAAAGGUACUGGAUGUACUGGGAUGUUUAACCUUAGUAGCAUGAAAAAUGAUGCAAUUUAAAGUUGUGUUGCCAGUUAGGAUAUCUGACAAUCAAACUGUUAGAAAACAGGCCUUGCUAAACCUACUGUCUACUCGUUUCUGAGUUUUGUCUGGAUUUCUGGGGUUUCCUUCGACCCCAACAGAAAAUGAACUCGUGCAACAAUGUGCUUGUCCAAUGUGCAUGUGGCUGAGCUGGCUUUGGUAUGUAAAUAUCUUUGGCUUUAUUUGUGAAAGGUAAUUUAAGAGGUGUGAUUCUACUCAGGCCAAAUGUUCACAAUGUUGUCACUCUGCCAUUCUUUGUUAUUUAUCAGUGUAUUUAUAGUAAGUAUAGUCAUGGCCAUUUUAUAUCUAGCCCUGUAACAAUACAAUUCUUAAUAUUUUUUUAUACAAUGUAGAGAUACAUUAAUAACACUUGAACACACACACACACACACACACACACACACACACACACAAGGACACACACAGACAACUUGCCGACACAAACAAAUCCAGAAUGGAUUUGGGAGGAUGGAGAAUAUGUGACAUGCACUGCCUGUUUUCAUCCAAGUCAAAUUAAAUUUUUUUGUGAACAUUGAA